CUCAAAAAUUGCAACAUUCCAAGUCCCAAAAUUAAAAAAUUCCAAAGUCCCAGAAUAGGUACCCAUAGUUUGGGAAUCCCUGGUUUGUGCAUAGCAAAUGAUAACACGCACGCCGUAGGCUGCUGUGUGCAUCACGCGCAAUCCGAUGCAGUCGAGCACACGAUAAUAGUAGUCGGGAUGGAAAGUGACAGUCGAUUAUUUGCAGAGCUCGACAAAAGCUCUGUGCAUACGCUGCAUCGAAUGGAAUUAUUUGUAUUCGACUGCAUGUUCUUUUUCACAUUCCUGUAUCUGUUCGUGUAUUUAAUCGGCCGUCAGAUUUAAAGGUUAGGUGAUAGUUGUCCUUCGUCGUGAAGGCCUGGUAUAGCCGAGUGUUUUCGUCACAACGAGCUAUAAUAUAGAGAACGUCUUCGACUUGGCAGUCGUUGCUUUGCCAUUUACGCAGACGCGCGUGAAAUUCAACGAUGAAACGAAAUACGACCGUGCUGUGAUUUGGUUUCAGCGUGUAAAGCAUGGAGAUAGAGGAGAGAAUCGUUCGCAAACGGUCUUUCCGAAAUAUUCUCCGUCAGGUACCACGACGUAUAUCAGAAGUAGUUGAACACUUUUUUUAUACACUAGGGCUAAGAAUUGCUAAACGACCAUACAGAUGGCUUAUUGGCAGUGCUGUGAUAGUCUUGAUUUCCCUUUCCGGUUUGUAUUUCUUUCAUCAAGAGAAAAAUCCUGUCAAAUUAUGGGUUCCACAGGAUUCCGAUUUUGUUCACGAUACGGACUGGAUGAUCCAACGGUUUGGACAAGGAUUAAGAAUGGAAAGUAUGAUUCUAACAGCUGACGAUGUGUUAGAACCGAAAGUUCUGGUUAAGCUGAAUGAAAUAACACAACAAGUUCUGUCUGUGCAAACAUCUGAUCAUAUUGCAUGGACAGAUGUAUGUUUCAAAGUACCUGUUAUAUCAGGUAUUAUACAUAGAAAGAAACGCAGCAAUCAACUUGAUGAUUUUUUUGAAAUUGAACCAGACGUGCAAAUUAAUAACACUAAAUUUGAACCCGCGGUUCAUGCUGACCCCAAACUGUAUUGUAAUAUUGUCAACAACUUGCCCAAAGCUUGCCUUACAAAUAGUAUUAUGGAUAUAUGGGAGUACAAUAGUGACACGAUUCUUCGUAAAUCUAAGGAAGAAAUUAUCAAUGACGUAAACAAUGUGAGGUCUAGUCCUACUUUGGGCCAUCCCUUAAAUUUUAUAGAAUUAUUGGGUGGUGUUACGAAAGACGAAGAGGGUAGAAUCAUUUCAGCCAGAGCUGUAAAAACUCAAUGGCCAGUUCAUGUAAAUUUUACAAAUGUUGAUAUGGAUACCUAUGGCAAUGAUGCUGGAACAGCCGAUUGGGCAACAGAGGAUAUAUUAAAAUGGGAACUAUCUUAUUUGGAUGUACUGCACAGAAAUGCAAAACAAUUGAAUAGCGAGAAAGAUGCAAAUCACACAUUAGCCAUAUGGUACGAAGCUGGUAGAAGCUUCGGUGAUGUCACUUUCGUGACGAUGUUUGGAAAUAUUGAUAUAUUAUCGUUAGGAUUUAUUUUGAUGUUUCUGUACGUUCUAGUCAUAUUUUCCGAUUACAAUUGGGUGGGAUGGCGAAUCUAUCUCACAGUAGUUGGUCUAUUCUGUGUGGGUGGUGCUUUCAUAGUUGCGAUAAGUGUAUGUUCUGCUCUCGGAGUUCCAUAUGGACCAGUACACACGUCUUUGCCUUUUCUGUUGCUGGCUCUUGGCGUAGACGAUAAUUUCUUAAUAAUGGCAUCCUGGAAAGAAAUUCAUGCGCACAAAGAAAAUAGAAAUAAACCCUUGGAGGAGAGAGUAGCUUUAAUGUUAGGACACGCUGGCUCAGCCAUUAGUAUUACGUCUCUUACUGACGUUGUUGCAUUUAUUAUUGGUGCAUCUACAAUAUUGCCGUCCCUUCAGUCAUUUUGUAUUUACGCAGCGUUUGGUGUAUUACUGACGUUUUUAUUUCAAAUUACAUUUUACGUUGCGUUCUUCACUCUUGACGCACGACGAAUCGAGAACAAGAGAAAUGCGUUACUGCCAUGUAUCGUUCACGAAAAUUUCACACCAAAGUUCGUCAGUCCUCAAGAGGAACUUCCGUCGAGAUUGAUAACCUACUUGUACUCGAAUGUGAUUUUAACAAAACCUGGAAAGAUAUUGAUAGUAUUAAUAACAGUAAUUAUCGCAUCUGUCGGAAUUAAGGGUAUACUACAAUUACAGCAGUGGUUUGAUCCACGUUGGUUUAUACCGGAUCAUUCCUAUCUAAGCAAGUAUAUCAACAUGAUGCGUCUCGAAUAUCCCGAGCGUGGAUAUGAAGCAAUAAUUCUUAUGGGAGACUUUAAUUACACCUCUGAAUUUCCAAAAAUAAUAUCUUUGGCGGAAACAUUCGCCAAUCUAUCAACCGUAGAAAGUCUAAAGUCAUGGCCCCAUGAUUUCACGAAAUUUGUCUUGCAAUUUUUUGGAAAAGAUUUGAGAUACACAAUCAUUGGAGACAUAGAAUUCCGCCAUUAUUUAUCCAAAUUCUUGUUCAGUAAAGACGGUGGAAAAUAUCAGCGGAACUUCCGUUUCAACGGAGAUUUAGUAUGCGGAGAAAAUACGCCGCCAAUCGCAGUAUCUACGAUAGAUUUCAUCUUCAGACGAUUUCAUGGUCCUCACCAGUGGAUCCCAGCGAUGGAUAAUAGCAAACUGGUGGCUCGUGCUGUAGGAAUCGAUGGUUUUGUCACGGUGUGGAGUGAAGUGUUUAGCCUAUGGGUCACGGACAAAUUAAUUGCUCAAGAAGUGCAGCGUAAUGUCCUAUUAGCUCUGAUUUGUGUCAUGGGAAUGACAGCCUUAUUGAUUGCCGAGUUGCAAACCUGCUUCUGGAUCUUCUUGUGUGUUCUUCUCACACUUUUGAACGUCUGCGGUUUCAUGUAUUUCUGGGGUCUAACCAUAGACAUUGCAUCUUGCAUAGGUUUGGAAUUGGGCAUCGGAUUAUGUGUAGACUAUGCUGCUCACGUUGCACAUGCUUUUGUGCACGCUGCUAGUGAAACCGGAGGCGAAGAUCGAACAGAAAGAGCUCACAUAGCAGUUAGAUACAUUGGAGCAGCGGUUGCAUACGGUGCAGGUUCAACGUUGCUCGCGCUUUCUAUGAUGGCAUUCUCAGAAAGUUACGUGCUUCACGCGUUCUUAAAGAUCUUCGUUUUGGUGAUAUUAUUUGGUCUUUGGCAUGGGCUGUUCCUUCUGCCCGUAAUAUUGAGCACAAUCGGACCGAGGAGUUUGCGAUCGCGCAGCACACCGCAGUCUCCGGAAAAAGUGGAAGACACGGGCGACACUGUGAUCAGUCCACUAAAUAAAGAAACAGAGAGUUAAAAGAACUCCCGGAAAAAUGAUUCUUUAUCAAUAAUAUUUAUUUUUGGUUCAAUAAACAUACAAAAUUAUUACACUA